AUCAUAAUUCAACUAGUAGUUAUAUUUAAGCAAAAAAAAGAAAAAGAAAUGGGAUCGAAGACAUUUUUACUAAUAGUUUUGGCUAUUUUUCUUGUGAUAACAUCUGAGGUUGCAGCUAGAAAGUUGGCUCAGAGCUCCAUCACUUCCCUGGAAAAGGGAGAAGCACUUCCACCAAUAGGAAUCGAAGGACCUAUCGAAACCAAAGGAAUGUUCCAACGGGGAGGAUUUUUAGGAAUUGGAGCACCUAUGGAAGUCAGAGGGCUUUCAGGAAUCGGAGGACUUUCAGAAAUUGAAGCGUCUAUCGGAUUUGAAGGACAUUCAAAAAGCGGAGAAUUUAUCGAAAUUGGAGCACCUAUCGAAUCUGGAGGACUUCCAUGAAUCAAAGGAGCAGAACUUCUAGGUGUAAAACUGAAUUAGUCGGGCCCAUAAACGGAUAUUGAACGCCAGAUAGAAAAAUAAAAAAAUAGUAUGAAUAAAUAUAUCAUAAAUCUUCAUUCAUUUAUUAUGGAUGGAUGGUUAUCAUGUUGCUUUAUAUAAAAAAUAAUCUCAGAUGGCUUAGUAAUCGUUUGGUAGGUACUAUAAGAAUAACGUUAAACAAGGUAAUAUUUGCAUAAGUAAUAUUGUAUUAAUUAUGCAUAAAUUAUUUUCUUAUGCAUUGUUGGAUUUGAUAUAUUAAAAUAUAACUUAUACUGCAUAA